AUGCCUUGGAGAACUGUAUCGGAUCUCUGUGAUGUGAAUCAGAAUCGGGUAGAUGCACUUAACUCUCGCCAGCAUUAUAUAUCUGCACACUCAUGGAAUAUCAUCGAUAAUAUUCAAAUUUUACAUGAAUGUAAGAAAGACCGAGAUGAACAUUUAGUUAAAGUUAUUGCAGAAGCUCAAGUCGAGGAUGAAACGAUCGAUCCUGAACUAUUUCCAAAAAAUCAAAAUGCACACGACGAAUAUGAUGAUACAAGUGAUAGCGAAGAUUUACUUGAAUUACUUGGUAAUUUAAAUGAUUCUACUACAGUUGCAAUAAACAGCAUAAAAAAAUCAAUAGAAAAUGUAUAUAUCGAAGAAACUAUAGAAACUGUAGAAAAAAUGGGACGAUUCUCUCAUACGCACAUAAAAAAUCAAAUUUUAAUAAAAGUUGAUUUCGUUCAACUCAAUACUAAAUGGCAAGAACAACUAAAAAUCGAAAGAGAACGAGUUAGACGAAACUUAAUCACUGGCAAAAGUUAUAAAACGGACGACGAGUCAAACAAUGAUGAUAUGGAAGAUACAGUUGUAACGCUAAUAAACUCAACUACUUCGAAUAUAAACGUAUCUGAUAAUUAUAACUCAAUCCUUUCAGUUGCGUCAGUAGUAAGUACGACAUACUGUAACCAGAAGACCAUUGUUGAUCAAUAUACACUAAAUAGAGAGCAAAGAGCUGCAUUUAUGAUAAUAACAAGUCAUCUCGAUGGUGACAAACAGCCACAUGCAGGAUGUGGCGGUACAGGAAAAUCGCAGCCUAUUCGUGAUGUUACUGACUAUUUUGUUAGUACAAAUAGAAUUCAAAAGAUGCGGAAGCUAGCACCUACUGGAAUUGCAGCCGCUGAGAUUGGUGGUAUGACUAUCCAUUCAUUUUUAGGUGAACAACGCAAUUCUGGAAAGCCAAGAACUAUUAAACCAGGCGAGUUAAAACUUGAAAAAGAAUAG